CUGGUGUUCACGCCGGCCCUCGGCGCCGUCUCCCGCUGGUUCCCGAGCCACCGCCCCCUGGCCACGGGCCUGGUGGUGUCCGGCGCCGCCGUGUCCGGCCUGGCCUUGGGCCCCCUGAUGCCGCUGGCCCUGGACGCCUACGGCUGGCGCGGCGCCCUCCUCCUCCUGGCCGCCGUCUCCCUCAACCUGGUGGCCGCCGCCGCGCUGCUCCGCCCGCCCCGCCGUGCCCCCCCGGACCCCCCGGACCCCCCGGCGUCCCCCCGGCGCCGCCCGGCGCUGGCCCGGCUGUUGCGGCACGGCCCCUUCCUGCGCUACGCCGCCGCCUUCGCCCUGCUGGACGCCGGCUACUACGUGCCCUUCGUCCACGGCGCCGCCCGCGCCCGCGAGCUGGGCUGCGACUCCCGGCGCGCCGGCGCCGUGCUGGCGGCCAUGGCGGCCGUGGACGGCGCCGGCAGGGUGGCCGGGGGCUGGCUGGCGGCCCGGCCGGCCGCGGCCUUGCUGCGGCACCUCUGGGCCUGGGCGGCGCUGGCCGGGGCGGCGGCGCUGCUGCUGCCGCUGGGCACGAGCUUCGGGGGGCUGGUGGCGCUGGCGGCGGCCUACGGGGGCUGCGCCGGCGCCGUGGCCCCGCUGCAGUUCGCCGGCGUGGCCGAGGUGGUGGGGGCGCGGCGGGCGGGUCACGCCAUCGGCCUCAUGCAGCUGGUGGAGAGCGUGGGGUCGCUGCUGGGAGCGCCCCUGGCAG